AUGACGACCACAGAACCAGUGCCCCAACUUCACGUGGAUGAUGUGUGCACGUCAAACAGCAGCAACCAAUUAGCCGUGGGCUAUGUUGACAGAACGCACGCCGAAGUGGAGAGUCAUACGCCAUAUCCGCUGAACACCUACGGCAAGGUUCAUCGCCACGAAGCUGUCCCACGUCAACUGUAUAAAGAAUUUUUGCGGGAUGGCGUUCCUCCGCAAGGCUUUGUAUUGGUACAGUGGCAGACUGAGAAUAAGGCUGAACUCGUGCCAUGCAUUGAUCUUGUUCUGUUAGAUCGUUCGUUCAUGUCUGGAGACCUUGUGCGCAAGGGCAAUCGAUCAGGCACUGUUGUCAGCACAAGAACGCAGUGUACGCUUCUCUCCAUGUGCGACGUCAGGGAGACCAAGAAACCCGCUCUUGAAUUGGUCAACGAUGGCAAACUGCUCUAUGACAUACCUGCUUCCGAACUGAAGCUAGUGCAGACUUUCAAUGAAGGCGACAUCAUCAUCUACAAGAACUGGAUCGGCCGCAUAAAGGAAUGUUUUGACGAAGUCACUGUUCGAUUGACCGACAAUGGCGUUGUGAGUAUUGCAGAUGAGGGCAAGCUCGAACCUAUGAGUGGUGAUCCUGAGGAGAGAUUCGCUGUUGGAUCACUGAUCCGGACGAAGAAAGGCGUGCUCAGGACGGGCAGAUGGAUUUUCGGAGAGUAUUCGCCAAACACACCACCCAUCGGUGUUGUGGUUGAUGUUCGCACCAAGGAGUGCCAAGUUGACUGGUUACAUCCUCGAAUGGAGAGGGCCAGUGAAUUUCCGAUCUGGAGUAGUGCUCCUGAAGGUAUUCUUGGACCCGACGAACUAGAGAGCAACGACGUUCGCCUGUACGACAUCUCAAACAUGCCCAAGGAACAGAGCUCAACUAGAUCGCGUUCGGAUCCUGAGCUGCAGGGUGGACUUCGCGUAAGAUUCAAAGAUCUCCCUGCAGCCUGUGCUAAAUACGAUGGAUCAAGUUCUCAUGGAAAGCUCGAGAAGCUGGACAGACAACAAAGUCUUGGAUACGACCUGAACGUUUUCACUAUCACCAGUACCACUACAGAAGCCGAUGUUCUCUGGAGCGACCACUUGACUGUAGAGACAGUUCGCACAACUUCAAUCAUCCCAGAUCCCUCGAUCGAUGACGAAGAUGCAGUGUUCCCUGGCGAGAUCGUGUGUACGAAUGAGACGAGAGACCCUCCUCCAGAGGCAUUGACCUCUUGGGCUACGACGCCGCAACGUGUUGGAGUUGCUGAUCGGGUUAACAUCAAGGAUCGAGUGGCUCAUGUCACAUGGUUCAAGGACUCUACACUUUCAUUCUGUGAUAAGAGUUUGGAUUUGCUCGUUCCAAACACAAAACUUGGUACUCUCGGAAAGGAACAAGAGGAAAUGAGCUUUUAUGACAUUCGGGCACCAAAAAGCGUCAACCGCAACAGAGGAGACUACGUUCUGCUGCUACAUACGCCGAACCUGCCACACACUGAGCCCGGCAGCAUCAACUGGUUUGGUGAGGUUGUGGAUUUGGGUAGGAAUGGAAAGUGCACGGUCAGACUAGGAGCAGCUGAGCCAGCGCAGGAAGUUGAGUGUGAUAUCACAGACACAGCGCCUGCUAUGAACCUGGAUGUAGACGAUAAUCCUUUCACAGAACAUAUCCACGAAGACGGCGACUUUCUCAGCGAUGCAAGUGAAGACGUCGACUUUGACAUGGAAGAGUUCUCGGGAUCUUCGGAAUCAGAAGAGGAUGUCUGGUUCGAAGAUGGCCAAGAUGUUCCGAUUGACGACGCCGAUGACUCUUGGAGCACAGAAGAUGAAGAUAACGAUAUGUCAGACGCAAUGGAAACACAAGACGAUACGCCAGUAACAAAUCCCGCACCCCCAGAAGCGCCCACUAUCCAUACACAACAGCCAACUCAAAAUGACAGUGUUGAUGGCGUAGAUCAACCGAUGGCUAACGCGGCUGUGGAAGAGCUGCACCUAUCAUCGCUGCCGAAUGCGCCUGCAGCUUACGAGAUCCUCGAAUCUGAGGUGCCUUCGGGCCACCACUAUCUACUGCAAAGGGGUCCAACAUCGGCAAACCACAUGAAGAGCGUGUCAAAAGAGCACAAAAUUCUCAGCGCACCUGGCGCACUUCCAGAAGGUGUCUAUGUGCGAACAUGGGAGUCCAGAAUGGAUCUUAUCAGAGUUUUGUUCGUUGGUCCUCUUGGCACACCCUACGAGUACGCGCCAUUCAUGAUUGAUCUGCAUCUACCAUCCCAGUACCCAUACGAGCCUCCAAAGGCCUUCUUCCACAGCUGGACGGCGGAAGGCGCUGGCAUGAGUGGACGAGUCAACCCGAAUCUGUAUGAAGAAGGAAAGAUUUGUCUCUCGCUACUAGGAACAUGGCAAGGCGAUGAAGCACGAAAUGAAGCAUGGACACCACAUCAAAGUACUGUGCUGCAAGUGCUGGUCAGCAUUCUUGGACUGGUCCUUGUCAGAGAGCCCUACUACAACGAAGCAGGAUUCGAGCCACUUCAAGGACUUUCAUCUAUCAACCAAAACAGCGUGGCUUACACCGAACGCACUUACCUCCGUGCAAGGGCUUUCCUGAUCUCACCAGUCAGUCGAUUGGGACGUGGCGAAGUAGCAGGCUUGGAAGGGUUCGAGAGUGUAUUACGAUGGCUGUAUACCGAUGCUGAUGGUGCGAAGUUGUUGCCAAAAGCUAUCAGCGCAGCACAUACGAUACUGAGAAACAGCGAGGAGGGUGCGAGUGUAGACGCUCGCGAUGGACUUAAUGUGGUCAGCAGAGGAGCAGCUCUGCCCUUGAAAAGAGUUGUAGCACGCCUGGAGCAGCUAGAUCAGGAAGUAGCAUCACAGGCUAAGGCUUAA